UGCAUAUCCUGCUGGGUAGGAAUCGAGUCUAUAUUAAAGUUAUCAGUGCAGCCCAGCAAACAGGUGCAUUUCAAGGCUACAAUGAACCCUGCUAAGCUGAGAGGCAGGACAGAAAACCACUUCAGUGAAGAGCAAGAAAUGGACAAUUUAGGGAAAAGAGCUUGGGAUAACCCUGCAUUUGACGGUUCUCCGUCUCUGAAGAUUAAAGCCAUUUACAAUCCCAAAACUGUUUCGGAGAACCCGUAUGACAACCUGGAGCACCUGGGGGACCCCCCACCGUACCAAGAGGAGAAGAAACACAAAAGAAACCCCUGCUCUCAGUUCUGUAUGUAUAUUGUUAAAGGGAUAAGAGGGCUUUGGGGGACAACGCUGACAGAGAAUACAGCAGAAAACCGAGAGCUUUACAUUAAGACAACGCUGAGAGAGCUUCUUGUGUAUAUUGUCUUCUUGGUGGACAUCUGUCUUUUGACCUAUGGCAUGACAAGCACCAAUACUUACUAUUACACAAACGUGAUGUCAAAGCUCUUCCUUGACACCCCAUCAGGCAGUGGAGUUACAUUCAAAUCUAUAGGCAACAUGGAUGAUUUUUGGUCGUUUUUGCAGGGUCCACUGCUAGAUGGUCUUUACUGGACCAAAUGGUACAAUAAUGCCUCUUUAACCGAAAAUACUAACUCCUUAAUCUACUACGAGAACCUUUUGCUUGGAGUGCCCCGUAUGCGUCAGCUUAAAGUAAAAAACAAUUCCUGCGUUGUGUAUAAAGACUUUAAAGACGAAAUCAUUGGCUGUUUCGAUGUGUAUUCCAAAGAAAAAGAGGACAAGUGCCAAUUUGGUCUUAUAAAUGGGACAGCAUGGACAUAUUACACAGAGGAAGAACUUGGAGGAUCCUCCUACUGGGGUAAAAUAACAACAUACAGUGGAGGAGGAUAUUACAUCGAUCUCGAGUUGACCAAACAAGAAAGUCUUAGACAACUGCAAAUACUGAAAAAUAAUCUCUGGUUGGACAGGGGCACCCGUGCAGUGUUUAUUGACUUCUCUGUGUAUAAUGCCAACAUCAAUCUUUUUUGUGUGCUCAGGCUUGUGGUGGAAUUCCCUGUGACAGGGGGCGCAUUUCCAUCUUGGCAGAUUCGGACGGUGAAGCUCAUUCGAUAUAUCUCGGGAUGGGAUUACUUCAUUAUUGCCUGUGAGAUCGUCUUCUGUGUGUUCAUCUUUUACUACGUUGUGGAGGAGAUGCUUGAACUAAGAAUUCAUAAAUUCAGAUAUUUUACAAGUAUUUGGAAUAUCCUUGAUGUUAUAGUGAUACUGCUCUCUCUUGUAGCCAUUGGAUUUCACAUAUUUCGAACCAUGGAGGUUAAUAGACUGAUGGGAACUCUGCUAAAAAAUCCUACCAUAUAUGCAGAUUUUGAAUUCUUGGCUUUUUGGCAGACUCAGUACAAUAACAUGAAUGCUGUGAACCUGUUCUUUGCUUGGAUUAAAAUUUUCAAGUAUAUUAGCUUUAAUAAGACAAUGACACAACUUUCCUCGACUCUCGCUCGCUGUGCAAAGGACAUUUUGGGCUUUGCUAUCAUGUUCUUCAUUGUAUUUUUUGCCUACGCCCAACUUGGCUAUCUUCUGUUUGGAACACAAGUGGAAAACUUUAGCACUUUCGUUAAAUGCAUAUUUACUCAGUUCCGGAUUAUCCUUGGAGAUUUUGAUUAUGAUGCCAUUGACAAUGCCAACAGAAUACUAGGACCUAUUUACUUUGUCACAUAUGUUUUCUUCGUAUUCUUUGUGUUAUUGAAUAUGUUUUUGGCUAUCAUCAAUGAUACAUAUUCUGAAGUAAAAGAGGAGCUUUCAAGCCAGAAGGAUGAGCUCCAAUUUUCUGACAUUCUGAAGCAGGGCUACAAGAAGACCUUACUGAAGCUAAAACUGAAAAAAGAAAGGAUUUCUGAUGUACAAAAAGCUCUGCAAAAUAGCACAAAAGAGCUGAAAUUUGAAGAGUUUAAGAACAGUUUACGAGAGAUGGGCCACGAUGACCAUGAAAUCUCUGCAGCAUUUUCCAACUUUGAUCAGGACGGUAAUAGGAUUCUUGAUGAGGAGGAACAGCAGAGAAUGAAACAAAUCUUAGAGGAAAGAAGGGUGGCUCUAAAUGCUGAAAUUGAGAAUUUGGGAAGAUCCUUCAGGAACAAGAGACUAGAGGAAGAAGUCAAUUUAGAUGAUAUGAAGAAUGACCUUUCUUCUAAAGGGAGCUGGGUGUCACAAGAUGAGUUUGAAAUAUUUUUGAAGCGGUUGCAGCAACUUGAAUUCUCCAUCAGUGGAAUCAUGAGAAAAAUCGAGUCCGUACAGAUGAAAUUAGAGUCAAUGGAAACAAAUCGAAUGAAGCAGACGAACCUUGUGGACAGCAAACAGAACAACAUUGUGAAAGAAAAACAGUUUAGCCAAGAAGAAAUUCUGCAUCACAAUCUAGGGCAGCUUGUUAAGGAAGAAAAAGAAGAUUGGGAGUCAGAAUUUAAACCCAGGAAUGUGAUAGAUCCCACAGCCAGAAACAGCAGUAUUCCCUAUGCCAGCAUGUCCGGCUCCCAGAACUCCCUGAACUUCCCAUAAAGUCAGGGAAAGCUUAUAUCUAUGUGUCAUGUACCUGCCACCAUCCUGAUUAAUAAUGAACAGCUAAAAAGACUACAGCCUAGAGAAGUGAAUCAUUAUUAUUAAUGUUGCCGUUUCACUUUAUAGUCAUUGAAUUUGCCUGUGAAUGGUAAUUGUAGUUGCCAACAGCUUUUUGGUUUAAAACAAAUCCUUCCUUGAUAUUAACAAGACCUGCUUCUCUUAGUUAUAAGAGGUUUGUGUGCAAUUCUACCAUUUGGUCAUUGUGGCAUUGAGGCUUCUAAAAGAUUUAGGAAAUCUCCUAUGAGCCGAGAUCGAUUUAUCAGCUUUCAAUGUGUUAAAGAGAAAGGUCCCAAACCAUGGGGACUCAAACAGUUUAUGGGGGAAGCUCCAAUGUGAAGGGCAAUUAUUGUGAGAUUCCUAUCAUUUCCUAUCCUAGAAAUUAGAAAAUUCUAAUAUCGGAAUUUAUCAUGUAUUGUCUCCUUAAAAAUUCAACCAU